UGUCGAAAUCAUUUCAAUCUCUCAGUCAAUUUUUUAUAAUUUUCUUCGCUGUAAAUUUGUAUGGCCAGCUCGAAUUGGAUCGUUUUCAAUAGUCUUGCAUUUCAAUGAGUAAUUAAAAUUUGCCGCUGGUAGUAGUUGACAACUCUAAAUUAUCGGUGUUUUUAAUUCUUUCGGAAGAAGAAGAAAAACGCACRUUUCUUUGUACCCAACCAGCAAACAAAUCAGAUAUAAAAGUUCACACAAUUUCAAAAAUUAUUCAUUACGUUAUACCCAACACAAUGCCACAGCCACCAAAACGAAAAAAUCCGACGGAACCAGAACAGCCUAAAGAAGAUGCCGCUCCCCAACCGUCAACAUCUCAAGCCAGCUCUGAUCCCAGGGACAUAACCAGCUUUACAACGGAUGCCUAUCGCAAUGUUAUGGCUGCCACACGCAUUUGUAAUACCCUGCCACAGGGCGCAGCCCGCUCGGUGUACAUGAGUUAUCCCGGGUAUGCGCGCAUGUUGGAGGAGCAGUCACAGCGAGUGCUGGGAUUGAUUAACAAGGUUUUAAAGACGGAAAAUAUAUCAGGCGAUAUUAGACGGCGUCAAGGCGAUGAACAACUGGAAAUGGUACAGGAAUACAAUGAUAUUUUAUUCGAACGUAUCACAACCAACUUAGACAUAAGGAGCGGCCUAAGACGAGGCAACCAGCCCGUGGUUGUCGAAACCCAGGUCAAUGUACAAUCCGCAUCGCGUGCCGCAAAACCCUCGACUGUAACAAAAGAAUCACCACGUGCUGGCAGCUGGAAUCGCUACAGCACGACUCCCGGGACACCAACGCGUAACACGGUCUCGGCACGAUUGUUUACGGCACAGAAUAUAAUGCGCCCCCAAAUGCAGUUUAAGGUGCCCGUAGACAAUAGCGCCCAGAAUCCUUUCCGACCACGUCUUACAGAGAAACCCAAUUCGUUGAAGCCCUUGGCUUUGUUGCCCGAAUACGAUGAUACUGGCAAUGUGGUGUCCUUCCUACAUCCGUAUGAGUUUGAGCUGUUGAAAUUUGAGCCGCCCAGUGAGCAAUUGCAAAAGCAAAAGCCCGUCUUGCCGGCACCGCCAGCCCAAACUGAACUGAUGUUAGUGGACAGUGUGGAUGCAUUGCAGCAGGCACUCACUGAGCUGCGUCAAGCGUCCCAAAUAGCCAUCGAUGUAGAGCAUCAUUCGUACCGCACCUUUAUGGGCAUCACAUGCCUGGUGCAGAUGUCAACACGCACCAAGGACUAUAUAUUCGAUACGCUGAAGUUGCGCGAGGAGAUGCACAUCCUAAAUCUCGUUCUCACCGAUCCCAAGGUGCUCAAGAUAUUGCAUGGCGCCGAUCUCGAUAUCGAAUGGCUGCAACGCGAUCUAUCUCUAUAUAUCGUCAACAUGUUCGAUACACAUCGGGCAGCCAAGGCCUUGAACAUGGCCCGACUUUCGCUGGCAUUUCUGCUGAAGCAUUACCUGGAUCUGGAUGUUGAUAAGAGCCUGCAGUUGGCAGACUGGCGCAUGCGCCCGCUGCCCCAAAAACUAAUUGACUAUGCACGCCAAGACACCCACUAUCUCAUCUAUAUAUAUGAGCGCCUCACGAACGAUCUGCUGCAAUCCGAGCAGGGUCUACAGGGCUUGCGCAUGGUCUAUCAGAUGAGCACAGACGUUUGCAAGAAGCGCUACACCAAGCCGCACAUCGGACCGGAUUCGCAUCUGGAUCUAGUGCGCAAGACGAAGCGCUCCUUUGACAAUCGCCAGCUACAUGCUCUGCGCGGCAUCUUUUUGUGGCGCGAUUCGACCGCUCGCCAGGAAGACGAAAGCUACGGCUAUGUGCUGCCCAAUCAUAUGAUGUUACAAAUAGCCGAGAGUUUGCCUCGUGAAAUGCAGGGCAUAUUGGCCUGCUGCAAUCCAAUUCCCCCCUUGGUGCGCCAGCAGCUGAACACAUUGCAUCAGAUUGUGUUGCGGGCGCGUGAACAGCCCUUGAUCAAACCCAUAUUGGAAGCACGACAUAUUGCACCCUUGAACUUGUCACCGAGCAACAAGGACUUCAGCAGCAAACUGAAUUGCCCUCUUGACUUUUCGCAUGUGGAAGAGACACGCGAUGAUUUGCCAACGCUGCUUAGUCGUAAUCCCACGGGCAAAUUAAUACAUACAAAGAAGCCGAAAUUAGAGGUACCUACGGUGCCCCUAAUAGCACCGGCCCUAUCUUUAUUCAAGAGGUCAGCGAAGCCUUCACAGGAGGAGCAGAUGCGUUGGAUGCGCGGCCGCCAAGAGAGCCAGACAAUGCGCAUGCCCUACAAGCGCUACGUGGCUAUACUGCCGCUCAUGCAACAGCAGAAGUUGGAGCAGACCGCAAAGGAGAAUAAUGAGCUGCUCAAGCGACGUCUGUGCCCCGCCGAACCAGCGCCGGUGGACAUCAAGCUGGAAAUCGAGCCAAAGGUGGAAGAGGAUCCCGAACAGAGUCUACCACUCAAGGAGCAGCUCAAACGCAAACAUCAGCCCGCAACGGAGCCAUCCACGCAAGCGAAACGCAGCAAGAGCGAGGAGAAGCCAAGUGCUUCGACGUUCGGGGCCGAGACAAUAACUAACCAAACACAACAAAACACAAUAGAAAUUGAUAAUGACGAUGAUGACAACGAUGUGACUGAAGUUCCCAUCGAGAGAAGUCCCGCGGAGACUCCAGCACCUGUGCUCAGCAAGCGUCAGCAGAAACGCCAGGAGAAGAACAACCGAUUCAAGGCCAAGCAACGCCUGCAACAACAAAGCUCCAAUAGACCCGUACAACUGCCCCCCAACAGUGCAGCGGUGCAAAACUUUGACUAUAAGAACGUCGACUUCCGACAAUUUCAAGGCGGUGCUAAGCGUGCGCAGGGCACAGAAAUUAAAUCACAAACACGCGGCAAGAAUCGACCCAACAAUCGGAACAACAAACAGUUUAAUAAACUGUUCACUUUCAGCAAAAUUAAUAAAGAGAGAAAGAAGUAAAUGAGAAAGAAAAUCUGAACCAUUCGACCCGAUCAACAGACCGACAUAUGCGGUUAUUUAAACUGCAUUCAGAAUAUUUAGUUUUGUUUUCUUUCAGUUUGUAUUCUGUUUAAACUAGGCAACAAUCUUAACUUUAAAUAAAACUAAUAGUUACAA